ACCAAUAAUGGUUUUAUGCCAAUAAUUAUUUUGAGUAAUAACCAAUAGUGUCCACUGCCUUUAAUCUACCUGACAUUUAUUUGAGUUUUGAAAUCAUGUAAAUACUGCCAUUGUACUCUCUCUGCCUAUUUCACUUUCAAAUAAAAAAGGAAAUCAAAGAGAUUUUUUCUUUCAAUUAACAAACAUGUCUUUGUACUGUCUUAGUUCUACAUAGUUCAAGUUCUUGCUCUGGAAGACCAAGAUAGAGUAUGAGAUUUGAGAUGAGACCGCUAUCAACACAAUUGAGAAUUCAUGGAAUGCGUGAUCCCCGUCCGGAAACGAGUGGAGUUGACCCCACAAGCUCCAGUGCAGAAAUGAACGAAAGUGCAUGGGAUGAUUCGCGCAUUGCAGCCCACCAGAGCUCAGGUGGUCCCCGGCCCCAGCACCAAGGGGGUCCGGUACCACCCCAGCGGGCUCGUGACGAUGCUGCAGUGGGCUAUUUCUACCAGCGACCAGACAACGAUAUGACACCAGAUGGAGGUGGACAAUCUGGGAGUAAACAGCGCUGGGCAGUUGGUGACGAUAUGGUUAUAGACCAGGUAAAGGUGCGAUCGGGUGAGGUGGGUAAGAUGAACACCAUGUUCCAGGCCCUCCACAUGGGGAAUGACGGUAGAGAGUUUGACGUAUCGGCGAAGAAGUUCUGGGACACGGAGGACGGUGGUAAAGGCGACGUCUUCCUAAAUCAGUGGCCAGGCCCAGGGAACCCAACAUGGGGUGUACCCCCAGCAGCAUCAGAUCAUGCAGUGUCUCAGCCCAUCAUGGUGCAACAACGACGUCUCUCACCAUCAACCUACCAGGGCCAGGAGAAUGCUGUGCUGUCUCCACGCUCGGAUACCGGUGGCCUAGGUCUAAGCAUGGCCGAGUACGUCCUAGCCACAUCACCACAGGGCAAGGCAGAUAUGGAGGGCAAACUUAAUCACCGCAUGAAAACAACUGGAUUUCCGGGACCGGGCCCAGGAGGCGAUGCUGACCCAUCAGUGGGUAAGAAUGGCACCAAGAAGAGCAAGACGCCCUCCCCAUUCGAAGGAGAAGGAGAAGAUAAGAAAGGAGUAGAGAAUAACAGUAUGCCCCACAAGGAGGAGGAGGCUGCAUACCUGCGCAACCCCGGCAGUCGCAACGCUUCCCCAACAGAGAAUGAGGAUCCACGCCUGCAGCAGGCACACCAGAAUCCCAACAUGGCGCCGGACCAGUCUCACCACCAUCAGCAGCCAGCGCAGCAACAGCAGCAGCAACCACACCAGCACAGGGCGAUGUAUCACCAGCAGCAACAACAGCAGCAGCAGCAACAGCAACAGCAACAGCAGCAACCUCAGGGUCGCAGCCAACAGGCAGCUGCACACCAUGGAUUGAGCCAACAAGAGGUGGCGUUCAUUGAACAGCAGCAGCAGCAGCAACAGCAGCAGCAGCAACAACAGCAGGUUCCAGGCCAGCUGCAAAUUGACACAGGACAAAUGGAGUCUGGCGGUAACAUGGGUGACCCAUUGCAGUUUGACUACGCUGGUCAACAGAUGGUACCCAGCAUGGAUAGCCCUAGCUAUGUAGACUACUCACAGGGACAGCCUGGUUCUGUACAGAUGUUUCAGCCUCGCCAAGCAGCACAGCAGGCCAUCACUGUGCAGCAGUUGACACCACAGCAACAGCAGCAGUAUGCACUAGCUGCUGCUGCACAACAGCAGCAACUUGGUUUAGCACCGACUGCGUUUGCACCCAACCCCUAUAUCAUCACUGGGGCACCCAACAGCCAGGAUCCAUACUUGGCUAUUGCAGGUGGUGCUACUGUAGUACAGCCCCAGUAUGCUUAUGGUGUAGCUCCAUGGAGUGUCUACCCAGUGGGUAUCAUACAGCAGCAGGGACAACAACAGCCUAACCAGCAGCAGCAACCUGGACAACAGCAACAGCAGCAGGUUCGAGGACAGAACGGUCGACCAAUGACCCCACAGCAGCAGCAACAACAACAACAACAACAGCAGCAGCAGCAACAACAGCAGCAGCAGCAGCAGCAGCAGCAGCAGCAGCAACAACAAGGGGACCAAGCUGCCAACCAGGCUGCUGGGAACCAAGCUGCCGCUUUGGCCCAAGCUCAAGCUCAGGCUUUGCAAGCUGGUUACCAAGUGAUUGCCCCGGCCUACUAUGACCAGACUGGUGCCCUAAUCAUCAACCCAAGGCCAGGGGGUGUUGGUGGACCAGUACGCCUCGUCUCUCCUGCAUCAGUUAUAGUCAGUGCUCCUCAGCAAGCACCCGUCAUGAAUGGUCUACCAGCCAACGGAUUCCGAAUGAUGGGUAACCAACAGCAGAAUCAACAGCAGGGACCUGCUGCCCUCUCCAUGUAUGGUAGUAACGCCAUGGCCUCUAAUGCUCCUCAGAACAGUGGUAGUCUAGGUACCUACACAGCGCCUAGCAGCUCAGUGUUUAGCAAUGGUAGCAUCGGAGCAGUAGGAUCAUCUGUGGGACCAAUUGGAACAAGUUUGGGUUCUUCAGGACCAGACUCCCCUACAGCUCGCCGUGACUCACUGACUGGUAGUGACUACAAACGCCAGGGUCUCUCUAUGAGCCAGUUCUAUGGAAGCUCUCCACAGCUUGGCCCUAUUGGGAUGCCCUCUGCAGGAGGUUCACUAACCCCUCCCCCAUCACAAAGUGGACUCGGUGGACUGGGACUUGAUAAUCUGUUGACCGCUCCAAGCUCUUCCUGGGAUCGUACAUUGCAGAAGAGGGACUGGGGAACCGGGAGAGCUGUCAACCCAGCUGCACCGUUUGGUUCAGAGGUGAAAUUCCGCAGUGGAGCUGCAACCACAUCCAGCGGCUGGUCCAACACUCUCUUCCCCCCACGUAGCCUCCGUAGCUCCGCCUACAUGGAGAAGAGCGCCCCAGGACGCAGCCGUCUGCUUGAGGACUUCCGCAACAACCGCUUUCCCAAUCUGCAGCUACGCGACCUCUCGGGUCACAUCGUUGAGUUCUCUCAGGACCAGCAUGGCUCUAGGUUCAUUCAGCAGAAACUAGAGAGGGCUACAUCCUCAGAGAGACAGAUGGUGUUCAGUGAGAUCUUAGGUUCAGCCUACAGUCUGAUGACAGACGUUUUUGGAAACUACGUCAUCCAGAAGUUCUUUGAGUUUGGCACAACAGAGCAGAAGCAGGCAUUGGCUCAGCGUAUUCGUGGUCAUGUCCUGCCAUUGGCACUCCAGAUGUAUGGAUGCAGAGUCAUCCAGAAAGCUCUGGAAUCCAUACCUCCUGAGCUUCAGCUGGAAGUUGUCCAAGAGCUAGACGGCCACGUCCUGAAGUGUGUCAAGGAUCAGAAUGGCAACCACGUAGUGCAGAAGUGUAUUGAGUGUGUGGAUCCAGUCGGGCUGCAGUUCAUCGUGGAGGCAUUCCGCUCCCAGGUGUACUCGUUGUCUACACACCCCUACGGCUGCCGUGUAAUCCAGCGUAUCCUAGAGCAUUGCACUGUGGACCAGACUAAACCAUUGCUGGAUGAGCUUCAUGAACACACUGAGCCACUAGUACAGGACCAGUAUGGAAACUAUGUCAUUCAGCACGUCUUGGAGCAUGGUCGACCAGAGGAUAAAAGCAAGAUUGUAGCUGAGCUAAGAGGCAAGGUCCUACUGCUGAGUCAGCAUAAAUUUGCAAGCAAUGUGGUAGAGAAGUGUGUGACGCAUUCCUCCCGACCAGAGAGGGCUCUACUCAUUGAUGAGGUCUGCUCCUACAACGAUGGAAACAACAGUGCCUUGUACACAAUGAUGAAAGACCAGUAUGCUAACUACGUGGUUCAGAAGAUGAUCGACGUCGCAGAGCCAAACCAACGCAAGAUACUGAUGCACAAGAUCCGUCCCCAUGUUGGAACACUGCGCAAGUUCACCUACGGCAAGCACAUCCUGGCCAAGCUGGAGAAGUUCUUCAUGAAGAGCAGCAAUGAUCUUGGCCCCAUUGGAGGACCUUCUAAUGGAAGUCUCUCCGUAUGAGUUGAUAGCCUUCUAGAGUGAGUUGAUCGCCUUCCUAUGGUCUAUCAAUCUGUCAUUUUGAAAAAGGGUGAGAACAGAUGUCAAGGAAGAUUUUGAUGUCAUCUCUUUUUCCAGGCUAUAAGUGGAUCUGAUGAUGCAGAGAAGAAAAACAAAAGUUUAAAAAAAUUAAUUGUUCAAAUCUUGAUGCAUGGAACUUAAAAUCUUUUUCCCAGUUAGAUUUAUUUUCGCCUUUAAAAUUAUGAACAGGUUGGAAAGAAGACCACCAUUUAGUUUGUAGCAGUUUUGUGGCAAAUAAAAAGAAAAAAAUGCUCAAGGAAACAAUAAAAAAAUGAUAACUUUGUUCAGAAAAAUAAUAAGAGUCAACAAUGAAUGGAAAUAAUUGACUAAGCCUCAAGCAAAAAAAACUUUAGUGAAUGUGAGAAAUUGAAGAGAAAAUAAAAAAAUGAUUACAAAUUCUGAAUUGGGAAAACAGUUUUAAGAUUAGUUUAAAAACAUAAAUGAGUUUCAACCAUUAUUUGUAUUAGUUCUUUUUAAGCCUUUUUAGUUACUGCUGUAAAAAAAAGUUUUACAUAAUUAUUUUGGGGAGAAUGGAGGAAUAUGGUAAAGGGAGUGAUUUUUGUUAAGGAGUUUGCUUGUUAUUGGUUAAUGGUGGUUAGUUGGUUAAGUGGUCAUAGUUUCUCUUUUUCCAAUUGUUUAUUUUUAUUUUCCUUUUUUAAAUUAACGUUUCAUUAAUUGGUUAUUAAGUAAAAUUGUAAAGUAAAAUUGGAAGAAGUACCGGCUUUUGUUUUUCCGGAAUUACCGUAGAUUUUGUGGAGUGUUAAAUAUUACAGGAAAACAAUGCUCAGAAAUUAUUAUUAUGCUUGCUUUAUAAAGGAAUUCUGUGUAGAAAAUGUAGACUAUUAGAAUAUGUAUAGUAUAUGCCGUGUUUUUGUAGAUAGUUUGAGAACACAGAGCUAUAUAUGAGGAGUUGAAUGAGAGGUGAAGAAAAAAAAAACAGUUGUAAGAAAAACUAGACAUUAUUUUUCUUGUUUUUUUUUU